UGGACACGUCGUAUCAAAUUGGGGUUCGCAUCUAAAAAUCCACGGCUCAACCCGUUGGAAUCCCAUCCCGCUCUCUUUUUUGUUUUGUUUUGUUUUGAUCUUUUGCUUGAACCGUACCUCCACUCCUUUCUGCGCAUGUUAGUCCAGUAAGCGCUUCAGUUUCCCCUUCGUAUUAGAACUUUUUUUUUCUUCGCGGUGGAGUUCAAGGGUCUCGAUCUCGGAUCUCGUUUCCUGCCGCUCUUCAUAAGACACGCCCCGCUGCCAACCGGGGGCAGCCCACGCCCGCAGCCAUGGAUAACGCCUUUGCGAAGUCGAUCGACCAAGUACUUGACACUCUCGGCGUGAACAGGGCGACCGGCUUGACCGAUGAGCAGGUGACGAGAUUACGAGCCAAGUACGGGAAAAACGCAAUUCCCGAAGAGCCUCCUACCCCCCUCUGGAAACUCAUUCUCGAACAAUUUAAAGAUCAGCUCGUCCUUAUCCUUCUCGGUUCGGCGGCAAUUUCGUUUGUGCUGGCGCUCUUCGAGGACGAGGGAGGAUGGAGCGCUUUCGUGGACCCUAUCGUCAUUCUCACCAUCCUGAUACUCAAUGCUGUCGUCGGAGUCUCGCAGGAGAGUAGCGCCGAGAAGGCCAUUGCGGCCUUGCAGGAAUACUCAGCUAACGAGGCCAACGUGGUGCGCAAUGGCCAGACUCACCGGAUCAAGGCGGAGGACCUAGUGCCGGGGGACAUUGUCGAUGUGACUGUGGGCGCGCGCAUCCCCGCCGAUUGCCGGCUCAUUUCGAUCGAAAGCAACAGCUUCGCCGUCGACCAGGCGAUUCUCACCGGCGAGAGCGAAAGCGUGGGCAAGGACUGCCACGCCGUCAUCAGCGACGACAAGGCGGUGCUCCAGGACCAGGUCAACAUGCUCUUCUCCGGCACGACCGUUGUGACCGGCCACGCCAAGGCUGUAGUCGUUCUGACUGGCUCAAACACGGCCAUUGGGGACAUCCACGAGAGCAUCACCGCCCAGAUCUCCGAGCCGACGCCCCUGAAGCAGAAGCUCAACGACUUCGGCGACCAGCUCGCCAAGGUUAUCACCAUCAUCUGCGUCCUCGUCUGGCUCAUCAACAUCCCCCACUUCAGCGACCCGACCCACGGAAACUGGACCAAGGGCGCCAUAUAUUACCUCAAGAUUGCUGUUUCUCUUGGUGUUGCGGCGAUUCCCGAGGGCCUUGCCGUCGUCAUCACUACCUGCCUUGCCCUCGGGACCCGCAAGAUGGCUGCAAAGAACGCAGUCGUCAGGAGCCUGCCUUCUGUCGAGACUCUGGGGAGCUGCAGCGUCAUCUGCUCUGACAAAACCGGCACCCUAACCACGAACCAAAUGAGCGUCAGCAAGAUUGUCUACUUGAACGACGAUGGGUCUGACUUGGAGGAGCUCGACGUGGAGGGAACAACUUUCGAGCCCAAGGGUGACAUCAAGUUCCAAGGCCAGGUGCUGCGGGAUCUCACACAGGAGUCGGCCACUGUCCUCCAGAUGACCGAAGUAGCCGCGCUCUGCAAUGACGCCCGCCUCGACUACCACUCUCAUUCGGCAACCUAUUCAAACGUUGGCGAGCCCACCGAAGGCGCUCUGCGGGUCAUGGUCGAGAAGAUUGGCCCUUGCGCGCCAGCUGAUUGCCACCCCCAAGAUCGCGUCCACUAUGCCAGCUCCUGGUACGAGAAGCAGUAUAAGCGCCUCGCGACUUACGAGUUCUCGCGCGAUCGGAAGAGCAUGUCGGUCCUAGUUCAAAACGGGCAGGAGCAGAAGCUUUUUGUCAAGGGCGCCCCCGAGUCCAUUAUUGAACGCUGCACCCAUGCUGUUCUUGGGCGUCACGGGAAGAGGGUACCCCUGGAUCGGAAGCUCGCUGACUUGCUUCUGAAAGAAGUCGUCGAGUACGGUAACCGGGGUCUUCGUGUCAUGGCGCUGGCGCGCCGCGAGCAAGUCAACGGCGAACCUCUUCUGCACAAGGCCAGGACCAGCACCGAGUAUGCCGCUCUGGAGCAGAACCUGACCCUCAUCGGUCUCGUCGGCAUGCUGGAUCCUCCUCGUCCGGAGGUUCCCGCGGCCAUCCAGAAGUGCAAGGGGGCGGGUAUCCGCGUCAUUGUCGUGACCGGUGACAACCGCAACACUGCGGAGACCAUCUGCCGCCAAAUCGGGGUGUUCGGCCCUGACGAGGACCUGACCGGCAAGAGCUUCACCGGCCGCGAGUUUGACAACCUGAGUCCGAGCGAGCAGCUGGAGGCAGCCAAGAACGCCUCUCUCUUCUCUCGUGUCGAGCCAGCCCACAAGUCGAGGCUUGUCGACCUUCUGCAGUCGCUCGGCCAGGUUGUUGCCAUGACUGGUGACGGUGUCAACGACGCGCCCGCCCUCAAGAAGGCUGACAUCGGUGUCGCCAUGGGCUCCGGCACAGAUGUGUCCAAGCUGGCGGCCGACAUGGUUCUGGCCGACGAUAACUUUGCCACCAUUGGCGUCGCCAUCGAGGAAGGUCGCUCCAUCUACAGCAACACGCAGCAGUUCAUUCGCUACCUGAUCUCGUCCAACAUUGGCGAGGUCGUCUCCAUCUUCCUGACCGCCGCUCUGGGCAUGCCCGAGGCUCUCAUUCCCGUCCAGCUUCUCUGGGUCAACCUGGUCACCGACGGUCUCCCUGCCACUGCCCUGUCGUUCAACCCGCCCGACCAUGACAUUAUGAAGCGGCAGCCGAGGAAGCGCGACGAGGCCUUGAUCGGCGGCUGGCUGUUCUUCCGGUACCUGGUCAUUGGCACAUACGUCGGCCUCGCCACGGUUGCCGGUUACGCGUGGUGGUUCAUGUUCUACUCUGGCGGGCCUCAGAUCAGCUUCUACCAACUGUCGCACUUCCACCGCUGCUCCUCGGAGUUUCCCGAGAUCGGCUGCCAGAUGUUCACCAAUGACAUGGCCAAGUCCGGCUCGACCGUCUCGCUGUCGAUUCUGGUCGUCAUUGAGAUGUUCAACGCCAUGAACGCGCUGUCUUCGAGCGAGUCGCUCCUGACGCUGCCUGUGUGGAAGAACAUGGUGCUGGUGUAUGCGAUCGCUCUGUCGAUGGCACUGCACUUUGCCCUGCUGUACAUUCCCUUCUUGCAGACUCUUUUCUCCAUCCUGCCGCUCAAUUGGACCGAGUGGAAGGCAGUUCUUGCCUUUAGUGCACCUGUUGUUCUCAUUGAUGAAGGUCUCAAGUUUAUUGAGCGAACAUUCUUCGUCUCGAGUUCAACUCGUAAGCUGCCCAAAGCAAAGAAGGACCAAUAGAGCCCCGGGGGGGGGGGGGGGUGAAGAGACUGGCGUAUGUAGAUCUGUAGACCUUGUAUAGUAGUACAUUAUCGACCAUGGGCCACACAGUGGUGAUUGCAGCACUUCGAUGUCUUGACCGCUUUUUCCAGACGAUCAAUUGUUAUGUGGCCUGUCUCAUGUUGACCACAGACGCUUCGAAAUGCCCUAUUUGCUACAAGGCUGUAGUCCCGGCGCGAUUAUCGCUGGGACAGGAGUCAUC